UCAGCGAAACUCCUGUCGUCACACAGGAACCGAAGGAGGAGGUCGAACCAAUAUGGCGUUCCGCGAUGAAGCAGGAAACACGCUCGGAUUUCAGUGAAUUUCCUCAUCUGAGAGUGUCGAUUGGAGCUUUUAUGUCCGAGGACAAGUGAGAGACCUUUUCGGAGAUUGAAGACAGAGCAGAUACUGUUACUCUAAAUGGAUGCGAGGAAGUUUGGAUCAGAUAUCCACAACAAUGGACCCGUCAGCUACCUCGAUGAUGUUCCUUUCAAACUCAAUGAGAAAUUCCGCUGUCCCUCGAAAGUGGGUCUUCCUAUUGGCUUUUGCAUGCCCGACUGCAAUUCCAUGCUCUCUGAACUUCAAUAUGACUUCAGUCUAGAAAGGCGGAGCGUGCAGUGGGGGGAGGAGCUUGCCAAGGCACGAGCUGCUGAGGCUCGAGCAGCGGAGGCGGCAAGGACAGAGUCUGAAAACGAGAGGCAUGCUGCUGCGCACGAUGCAGAUGUCGGAUUGGUUGGAGGAAAGAAAGCACGCCCCUCUGAUGAACAGGAACUUGUCCCUACAGCAUUGAACCCAGUUUUGGCUGGCUUAUGGCACAGUGCGAUCCUUACGCCACUCCCAGCACCUUCUUUUGGACCAACGCAACCAGCACCUAGUAUCCCGGCACCUCAGAGUUUAAACUUAGCCGACUUUGAGCGAGAGGAGGAUCCCUUUGACAAACUUGAGCUUAAAACACUGGACGACAAAGAGGAGUUGCGGAAUAUCCUUCAGAGCCAACCACAGUUGUCUGUUUCACCUUCUCAACUUCCUCAAAUGGAACCUCACCCCCCCUCUCCAAGUAGUACGUCUCCCAUCCAGGCCAAAGCCGGAAUAUUCCUUAAACCUAAUGGACUGGUUGGACUCCUGGACUUAGACCGGGGUGUGGUUGUGGGGACCACCAGGGGACAGAUCGAUGCAGAUCGCCCAUGUAACAUUCGCUCACUGACUUUCCCCAAGCUAUCAGACCCUGGGGACUCACCCUCAGGAGCACCUCUCGGGACUUACCAAGCAAACCCACCAUGGAGCAUGUCUAAUGGCACACCACCAUCCUUGCAGAGAACAGCACCACAUGCAAACACAACACUCCCCCAAGACCAACCUGCUUAUGCUCAAAAUGGGACACUGAAACAGUUAAACUCUGUCACUGCACCCAACCGUCCGCCGUCAACUACACCUUCUACCGCGAUACUUCUCGGCCUCUCUGCUGGUGAACGACAGUGUGUGGAGACCAUUGUGGGCAUGGGCUAUUCUUAUGAGGGUGUUCUCAAAGCCAUGCAAAGACGAGGACAGAAUGUGGAACAGGUGCUGGAAUACCUGUUUACCCACAGUCGACUGUGUGAUCGAGGCUUUGAUGCCACAGCUGUGGAAGAGUGUCUGGAGAUGUACCAGGGCUCAGAGGAAAAGGCUCUAGAGUUUCUACAGUUGAUGUCCCGGUUUGGGGAAAUGGGUUUUGAAAGAGACACUAUUAAAGAGGUACUGUUGGUCCACAAUAAUGACCAGGAUAAAGCGCUGGAGGACCUGAUGGCCCGAGCGACUGCGAGCUGAGCCUGAAGAGUGUCCCCUCCUAGAGCCACCCCUCCCCUGUCCCUCGGAGAGUGAGAGGUGAUAAGAAAAUAGCGAGAGGGAGGGCGUGAUUUUCUUAUCUCUGAGACAGGACAACCGAUUAUGUACCCUAAUAAAGAUAUACCUCUUGGGGUAGGGAUUGACUGCACCACUCAAUGGUGAGUUGAUCCCUCCUCUGCUGUAUGUCUGUUAAGUGAUCUUAGAAUGGUGGUCAGUGGGAGGAGCCUGAACACUCCUCUGAGAAUCAGGAUUGCAUUGGUGACAGGCUGGACUGGGUGAGCCCCUUGGAAACCCAGUUUAGCACAAAAUGGACUUGGAGUGACACUCAAAGCUAUUGCGCUGCCAUCUCCUGCUGUUGGACCCAGGCUUUCUAAACUGAAACCUGCACACGUACUCACAAACAACCCAUGGUGGAACAGAGAACCCACAAAAGUGCCCACUCUCUUUUUUUGUCUAUGCUCUUUGUUCAUUCAUAUGUUGUUUAUAUGUUUGGCAGGCAGAAACAUCUUAUCUUACUUUAUUUUGUCCUUUUAGAGAUUGUGUUUCUUUGCCCUAUGAUUGGGAACUACAUUAACUGAACUAAUAACCAUUAUUUAAGUAAAAAAUAAAACAACAAAAAAAAGAAUGAUUGCUGUAAACUUUUGCCUAGUUGGCUUUUGCACUGGAAUGAAGAAUUGGCAAGAAGAAUUGGAAAGAUUGACUGGAAAUGCAAUAUUUAAAGGGAUAGUCAUCAUUUACUCACCCUCAUGUCAUCCCAGAUCUGUAUAACUUUCUUUGUUCUGCAGAACACAAAUUAAGAUUUUUAGAAGACUAUUUCAGCUUUGUAGGUCCAUACAAUGCAAGUGAAUGAUGACCAGAACUUUGAAUCCUCAGUAAUCACAAAGGCAGCAUAAAAGUAAUCCAUAAGACUCCAGUGGUUUAAUCCAUGUCAUCAGAAGUGAUAUGAUAGGUUUGGGUGAGAAACAGACCAAUAUUUAAGUCCUUUUUUGCUCUAAAUCUCCACAUUCACUUUCACAUUUUUCCUCUUUUGUUUUUGGCUAUUGAAUUCUUCGUGCAUAUCACCACCUACUGGUCGGGCUGGUCAAAGGGGGAAUUUCUAGACAAAAAGGACUUAAAUAUUGAUCUGUUUCUCACCAACACCUGUCAUAUCACUUCAGAAGAUAUGUUUAACCUCUCGAGUGUAUGAAUUACUUAUAUGCUGCCUUUAUAUGAAUUUUUGAGAUUCAGAGUUCUGGCCAACAUUCACUUGCAUUGUGUGGACCAACAGAGCUGAGAUGAUGUUCUCAAAAUUUUCAUUUGUGUUCUGUAGAAGAAAGUAAGUCAAGCACAUCUGGGAUGGCAUGUGGGUGAGUAAAUGAUGAGAGAAUGUUCAUGUUUGGGUGAACUAUCCGUUUAAACAAUGCCACCAUAUUUUCAAACAAUUGACAUGCAAAUACUACACAGACACACUGAAGAACAGAUGUUAAUAUAAACAUAUUUAAAGAUCUGUGAAGAUGCUGUUGGUGUCCAGCUGUAAUAAAAAAUGAGAAAAGAAACAGACAUUAAUGUGAUUAACACUGAUAUGAGACUUUCACUGCAGUUCUUUAAAAAGCACUAGAAAACUGCAUAUAUAGAUGGAGGUACCAGAAAGUUUUGCAACAGAUCGAAUCUGAAGGCAAGAUUGUGAAUGCUGGUUUUAGAGCCUUGAUCACCACAGGAAACUUGUGUGUCUUUUCAAAUAUCUCCAUAUUACCUCACAUGGAAUUGGCCAAUUUACUUAAUUUCCUCAUUAGACAUAGGAAGAUGGGCAGAUCUGUGCAAUCUGGGAAUUUUUCUGACAAAUAGAAUUAAUUUAAUCAACCAUAUCUGACUCCAAUAGAACUUUUUAGCUGUUUCAAAUAUAGGUCCUGUUUCUAACCCCAUGCUUUUAUGAUACUGACUUGUGUCUUCUUGAAAUCAAAGGGUGAACCUCAUGAAGAAAUUGCUAGGUCAUAUUUCACUUCAAAAUCAACAGAAAAAAAUAUUUUGCCAAGAUAAUUAAUAAAGCCUGUUUUAAGACCAUUAAGAUAUUUUGCAUUGUGACAUCAUAGUCAUGACAACCAAGCAAUUUCCCCCUCCUAAAUCCAUAGUCGUCAACUUCUUUCGGCUGCUUCCUUUAGGGAUGUGAUCCGCAUAUUUGACUUGUCUCAGGUUUUACGCCGAUACAUUCUCUUUACUGUAAUACAAUAUUGAAAAUCAUCCUGUUUAGACACAUACUGCUUUUUAAUUAAAAAUCAAAUAAAUAUGGUACAACAAAUAAUACCAUGAUGUAUAUAUAAUAUAUCAUUAUUUUUUCUUAUUGCAGUAAGGAGUAAUAACCAUUCAUUUCGUGUUUGGUGUGAAAGGGCUUUAACUGUCAUGGAAAUAAUGCAAAAAAGAAUUGUAUUGUACUAUCGUACUGUUUGGUCCUAAAAAUAGCCUUCAAUUUAUUUUCUUUUGAUUUUGAAGUGAAAUGUGAAUGAAGUUUGUCAAAGUUUUGUGAGAUUCACUCCAAAAAUGAUGGGGAUGUUUCAUAGUCCAGAUUUGACCUGUCUUUUAAGCCAGAAAACUGACAACCGGUCUAAAUAUAAAUCUUUCUACUCUGUCUUUAUGCGUGAGAUGCUCUUACCUGGUAUAGGAUGGCAUUUAUGGCUUGCUCAAGACAGUCCUGAGAAAUGUGGGUGGGUUACUGUUGGUAGAGUUAAACCUGUAUUAAGCACUUUUCUCUGAGAAUGCGGUAAAUUCUGAAAAGAACCACAUAUGAACCAGAUGUGUUUCAAUAAAUGUGCUAUCCGUGGGGUCCGAUCUAUAUUGGAUAGCCCGUCUGGCCCUUCAUGAAUAAAUGUGCUGCGUUCUUAAGCAGUCAAAUGUGCAUUCUUUUUUUGUUGUUUGUCAUUUUCACCAUUGUAGGUACACAAUCAGCUUCUUUAAGCUCGCUUUUCAUGUGCAAUUUAUUUUUUAUCAUUGUUGCUUCAAAGUAAUCUCUUGUUUUAAAUUGUAAUGUGUGGAUACUUGUUGAUCCAUCUGAAUCACACAAAGAAAUGUUUGAUUCACCCUAAAAUCAAAAGAAAAAUAUAAUAAAUUAUAUUUUGCAUAAAGAAAAUUAAGCAUAUUUUAGAACUUUUACAAUGUUGGUAUAACCAAUAUAAAGGCCUGUAAUUGAUAUAAAGUGAAUAAAAAUUUUAAUGGCACUAUAAAUAGACUUUUUUAUAAGUAGAUUUUCUUUAUGCAACACACACAUAUAUUUCUUUUGAUUUUGAAGUGAAAUGUGACCCGGACAUGUUCUUAACAGGUUUCAUUAGAUGUUAACAUGGUGUACAGGGUGCGUCCUCAUCUACUUUUUUGUAUCAGUAUCCCUUAGUCAAAGCUGGUGAACAUACUGAGGUCAAAAAGGCAGAGAAGAAUACAGCAUGCAUAAUGCUGGUUGUAUCACAAAAAGAAUUCUGGCCUUCCACGAGCAGUGAGUCAGCACUCAAAUACAGAUCUAUUGUUAUUAUUGUAACUGGGGAAAUAUCCUGAUGUACAGCUAAAGAACCUGAUUGACAGGUAAAGAAGAUUGGAGAUCUGUUGCUCCUAAAAUGUGAUUUAAAAUGUUCAGUCUCCUUCAGUAUGAUUAAAAUUACUCUUCAAUAA